UCUUAUUCACAUCAUGGUUGUCAACGUUGGUAUUAACGGCUUCGGCCGCAUUGGUCGCAUUGUCCUCCGCGCUUCCCUCGAGAACCCCAACGUCCAGGUUGUUGCCAUCAACGACCCCUUCAUUGAUCUUGAAUACAUGGUCUACAUGUUCAAGUACGACUCCACCCACGGUCGUUUCAAGGGUACCGUCUCCACUGAGGACGGUAAGCUCAUCGUCAACGGCAAGGCCAUCUCUGUCUACGCCGAGCGCGAUCCCGCUCAGAUCCCCUGGGCCAAGGAUGAGGCUUACUACGUUGUUGAGUCCACCGGUGUCUUCACCACCAUCGAGAAGGGCAAGCUCCACUUGGUCGGUGGUGCCAAGAAGGUCAUCAUCUCUGCUCCCUCUGCUGACGCCCCUAUGUUCGUCUGCGGCGUAAACCUCGAUGCCUACAAGUCCGAGUAUGAGGUCAUCUCCAACGCCUCCUGCACCACCAACUGCUUGGCUCCCCUUGCCAAGGUCAUCAACGACAAGUUCGGUAUUGUUGAGGGUUUGAUGACCACUGUCCACGCCACCACUGCCACCCAGAAGACCGUCGACGGUCCCUCUGGCAAGGACUGGCGUGCCGGUCGCGGUGCUGGUGCCAACAUCAUCCCCGCCUCCACUGGUGCUGCCAAGGCUGUCGGUAAGGUCAUCCCCGAGCUCAACGGCAAGUUGACUGGUAUGUCUUUCCGUGUCCCCAACCCCGAUGUCUCCGUUGUUGACUUGACCGUCCGCCUCGAGAAGGGUGCCUCCUACGAGGAGAUCAAGUUGGCCAUCAAGGAGGCCUCCGAGAACGAGCUCAAGGGUAUCCUCGGCUACACCGAUGAUGAGGUUGUCUCCACCGAUUUCCUCGGUGAUGACCGCUCUUCCAUCUUCGAUGCCAAGGCUGGUAUCUCCCUCAACCCCAACUUUGUCAAGUUGGUCUCCUGGUACGAUAACGAGUACGGUUACUCUUGCCGUGUUGUUGACUUGAUCGUCCACGCCGCCAAGGUCGAUGGUGCCCUCUAAAUCCAGAAUUCCCUUGCUUCCUAUUGCUAAAAAAAUUCACAUGCAUAUCCUGCUGCUGUUAUUGUUAUUGUAAAUAAAAAAAAAUACCGUUCUUUGAACCCUA